UAUAAUGGGAAGAAAAUGACAGAGAGCUCAAGAGAGGAAAUCAGACUGCAAAGAUUCAACCAAGACCUGUUAAAACCAGUUAAAAUGACUCAAGGAUCUAGACUGUACUUUGCAGUGGCUGUUCUGAUGUGUGGGUUUGUCUCCAUCAACGGUGUCGGUCUGAAUGAUUUACUGGAGCGAGCCUCUCAACUCUCAGACAAACUUCACUCUCUCAGCACCUCUCUCACUAAUGACCUGGAUUCUCACUUUCCUCCGGUUGGAAGGGUAAUGAUGCCCCGUCCGUCGAUGUGCCACACAUCCUCUCUUCAGAUUCCCAAUGACAAAGACCAAGCCCUGAAAGUCCCGGAGGAUGAGCUGCUGUCUCUGGCUCGGUCUCUGCUGCUGGCGUGGUCCGAUCCCCUCGCCCUUCUCUCCUCUGAGGCGUCCAGCCUGGCACAUCCAGAACGCAACACCAUUGACAGCAAGACCAAAGAGCUGCAGGACAACAUCAACAGCCUGGGAGCAGGUCUGGAGCACGUCUUUAACAAGAUGGACUCAACUUCAGACAACCUGUCCUCUCUCCCUUUUGACAUCAACAGCCUCGGCCAGGAUAAAACCUCCCGACUUGUCAAUUUCCAUUUCCUGCUGUCCUGUUUCCGCAGGGACUCUCACAAAAUUGACAGUUUCCUAAAAGUUCUCCGCUGCCGGGCAGCCAAGAAGAGACCCGAGAUGUGUUAGAGAGGAAAUGCUGUGCUCUGCUUCUCUCAGUGUUUAUGUGAAGUUAAAAUGGCAGAGCAGUGAGUGAUCUGAAAAAUCACAACAAUUCAUGCCCUUUAUUUUUUGUUUCUAAGGUGUAGAUUUUUGACUCACUUUCUUAUAUGCUUACAUUGAAUUUGACUAAUACAAAGAUAAAAAAUAAAUAAUUACACAAAAAGGCAUUUGAAUGGAAUAAAUUAUACAUUUGUAUGAAGAACACAUGCCCAAAAUGUAUUUGAAUGUUUGACAAGCUUGACAACAUUUGUAUGUUAUGGAAACUAAUUUUUUUUAUUAAGGAAAUUAUGUUGUAUCUUUAACCACAUUUAACAUACUUUUCUGUAAUGCAAUAUUUAAAGCCCUGCAGCAAUAUAAAAACAUUUCUUUCAAGCA